AUGGCUUAUGGUUUCAGGAAUGAUCAUCAUGCUCCUGAAGAUGUGCCAGAGGCACUAAAUGAAAGCCUGAAUGAUUUACAGCUUGAUUACUUGGAUCUUUAUCUUAUCCAUUGGCCGUUUAGAGUCAAGAAGGGAACGAACAACAACCCUGAAAACUUUGUUACACCUGACAUCCCUGCUACUUGGGGGGCAAUGGAGAAGUUACAUGAUGCUGGCAAAGCUCGCGCGAUUGGUGUGAGUAACUUUUCAUCAAAGAAGUUGGGUGACUUGCUUGCUGUAGCUCGUGUACCUCCAGCUGUUGAUCAGGUGGAAUGCCAUCCUUGCUGGCAGCAAACUAAGCUCCACAACUUUUGUCAGUCAGCUGGUGUUCAUCUUAGUGCUUACUCGCCACUAGGUUCACCUGGUACUACUUGGAUGAAUGGUAACAUCCUUAAAGAACCAAUAAUCAUCUCAAUAUCCGAGAAACUCAGGAAGACACCUGCACAAGUGGCUCUGCGCUGGAACAUUCAGAUGGGUCACAGCGUGCUACCAAAGAGCACGAAUCAAGAAAGGAUAAAGCAAAACCUUGAUGUUCAUGAUUGGUCAAUUCCAGAUGACGUGCUUGCAAAGUUCUCAGAGAUUAAGGAGGCUAGGCUGCUCAGAGGCAACUUCGCCGUUAACCCACAGAGCGUUUACAAGACCCACGAGGAGCUGUGGGACGGUGAGAUUUAG